AUGGCCACCAAACAGUCGAAGAAGGGAAAGAAAAUUCAACUUUUCAAAAGCCGAAAGAUUAUAGGAUCGUUUUACGCAAAGUAUUUUACGUUGAUUCGCUAUAUACGUAAGGUCCAGCAGGAUAAGGCUCUUCAACUCAUCCAAGAUGGCGAUCCUGAGGAGUAUCGCCGUCUUCUGAAAACGACUUUGAUCGCAGUUCCUCGGGAUCAGCCGGUUACACCGCCAUUCAAGCCAAGUACAGCACAAUGGUUUACCCUCAAGGAAAUAAUUGUUAGAGUUAUUGAACACUUUUGUCGAGGGAACAAGACGAAUGUCCUAGCAUACGGCUUUGAGUCGUUAAGUGGUUAUGGAAAUAAGGGAACAGUGGCUGGGACUGUUGGAAUCCAGAACAGCUACCCCAACACUGUUGUAAGUUAUUUGCGAACCGCGAGAGCCUGGCAGCUGCUUCACGAGCGUAUAGGAGACGACUUGAUGAUAUACUUGUUGCAAAAUUUGUCAGUGUUUUUCAAGGUGAACUCGUGUUUUUUCCAAGUCGCUGGUUAUCCCAUUACGAGAUUAAGUCCUAUAACAUCAAAAGAUGUCUUCCCUCCACUCUCUGUCAGAAAAGCAGGUGAAACAAAUGGCGAUAGAGAUGCUUCGAAUGUGAUAUCAAAUAAAAAAUCGAGAAGGGGUGGCAAGCGAGCGCGAAGAUAUGGUGAAAAUGUCAGGGCUAAAGUAAGCUGCUCUAAAUUAGCUGAUGUAAUCUCGACUACGGGUCCAGCGACUGUAUUGUCAAGAGCUCCUGUCCGAGUGAACAUAAACAGUAGUAACGAUGAUACUCAUCUCGUUGAAGUGUCCCAGAGCAGUGGAAAAAGAAAGCGUGACAGUUUGGACAGUGGUGGUGUUUCAAGAGAUAAUCCAAAUCCAUCGAAAAAGUCGAGGACAAAUUCAAACGUCUUCAAAAAUAACUCGCCCUUGUUCCUUAAAGGCGUUCUGGUCCAUAAUGAAAUUUCAGCAAAGACAUCUUUGGAGAGCGCGACUGCUGGUACAGUUACUGAUGCAGACCAGGGUAAUCUUUGGAAAGAAAAUUCCGAUGUAGUAACGUCAAAUACCACUGACUUUGUAGAUUCAUCUGAAACUCAGAAGAACGUUUUCGGCCAAACCUUCCGAGAAGAACCGAACGAACAGAGUGUCAAGGAUAAGGGUGGUGUAGUUUUCCAACAGACUGUUGGUGUUGGAGAAAAAACACAAAUUCAAACGUUAAAAAGAAAGAAGUGUGUUUCUAGUGCGAUGAAAGUCGAGAAGGAGAAAAAGAAAGCAGUGGGUGGAAGUAAACCGUGGAAAUAUCUAACAAAGUUUCUUCCCAAGUCUAGUGGGCGAAGUGAACCUGCAAGGACAGGACAACGAAAACAGACGGCUCAUAGUAACAGCCAGCUCAAAGAGACAAAUAAUCAACAGAUUGAUUAUAACAGAGGAUGCUCAAGUUUGAAGAAAAACAGAAAGAGUAUCUGUUUGAACGAAAUAUUUAUACCACGCUCAAAUUUGUUUUAUACCUCAAAUCUUUCCCAAACGUUCCCAAAGAACCAUAUUGUGGAGUCAUUACCAGUGAGUAUGGCCGGAGCGCGCAAACUGGUUCAACACAUUUUUCUGCAAGGUGCGUCUUUGGGCGCCUGCAGAGAUCGGGGAGGGAUAAGGAAAGAUGAAAGAAAAGAGCAAAGUGUCGUGAAUCAAGCGGCUGUUAAAAACCCUGAUGGGUCUAAUACUUUGAAACUUACCACACGAAGGAAACGGAAGCCUCUUCGUUUGCCCAGAAGGCUGAAGACUAUAGUACCAACGCUACUGAAGUUUCUGGCAAGGCACCAGAAGUGUCCAUUUAGAACUUUGGUGAAGGUGUAUUGCCGUUACGAUCAUGGAAGACAAGCGAUCAAGAAUGAAAAAAAGAGAAGGAUGUUACGAAGGAUUCCUUUUAGCGUAAACGUAGUGUAUCACAAGUUAUCUCUUAAGGGUCGAGCUAAGUUUACGCAAAGGAAGCGUCGCGAGAGAAAGGCAAAGGUUAACUUGUUGAGGUAUCGUCGAGCUGUAAGAAUGUUUACAGAACAUGAUCAGGUAGAUUUUUUACAUUAUAGGAGUAUGAACUUGCUUUACGUUAUUAAGGCCGGGAUACAACAGGUGAUAAGUCCCAGCAACUCAGUGUUGUGAAUGUCAGUUUGGAGUCAAACAGACCAAUCCUAAGGUCACAGCUUCUAUUCCGGCUAAGCUUUCUCAGCCUCAGUGCAUUUUCAGACAUCGAGAACUUACCUCUAAAAACCUUUAUUCUCCGACGACCAACGCUGAAUCUCAUGAUUUAUUUGUUUCAGGUGGUGGACUUUCUGAAGUGUAUCUGCAACAAAGUUGUUCCAAAAGAACUCUGGGGGUCUUCAGGAAACAAAGAAACAUUCUUUCGAAAUCUUGCGAAGUUCAUUCACCUCUAUCGGGGAGAAAAGUUCACCCUAGCCCAGAUGAUGAUGGGAAUCAAGGUUUCUUGCUGCAAGUGGCUUCAGGUGAAGAAAAGCGGAAAUAGAAAGCACGUUGCUCUGUCUGAUUCUGUUAAGCAGCUGGAGCUUUUAGCUCUGUUCAUCUGGUGGUUGGUAACCAGUUAUCUCGUGAUUGUGCUGAAAACCUUCUUUUAUAUCACGGAGACUGGUAUUCAUCGCCAAAGGGUUGUUUAUUACAGAAAGCCUAUCUGGAAAACGAUCCAACAGUUUGGUCUUGACACAUUUUGCGGUGAGUUCUUCAAACCGUUGAAAACCGCUGAAGCUGAGAAUCUUCUUCGCGCGCAAAGCUCAUUGGGAUUCUCCCUGCUCAGGUUUAUACCGAAGACGUCAACUGUGCGCCCUAUUACCAACAUGCGUCACCGUCCUUCAAGCAAGGAGCCAAUCAGCGUUCAGAAUCAGCUUUCAGUGAAUUCAAAACUGAAGAAUUUGUUUGAAGUUAUUAAGUUCGAGAAAGAACGGAACCCAGAAAAGAUGGGAGCUACUUUGUUUGGAACUGAUGAUCUUUACCGGGCGCUUAAGCCGUUUGCCAUUCGCGUACGCUCACGUCUGGAGGGAAAACCGCUGUAUUUUGUCCACGUCGACGUAAGCCACUGCUACGAGUCUAUCCUGCAUCAAAAACUCUUUGACACCAUGAAGGAAGUAUUGGAGGAGGAAGAGUACCUCAUUCGACGGUUUGCCUUAUUGCGCAUGUCUGGUGGAAAGGUCUACAGGUGAGGAAGGCUGAGAGCCACAAAAGAGACUGCAUUUAACGAAUUCCCCCUUGUCCCUCCUCCCUCGCCGAGCAUGAUUAGUUCUUCACGUGACUAACUUAGGGUAUAAGUGCCCAAAAAGGGCUUUGGUAAAGUAACACCGGCGAAUAAUGAGGAUAACGUUGAUUAAAAAAAGGGGGGAAUUGUGACUGUCGGUUGACUUCAUACACGAUUUUAAUCUUAUUUCUUCAGUUUAAACUUAUUUAUUGUUGAUUACAUAAAGAAAACUUCAACGAAACUGCGAGAUUUAAAAGCAUCUAACAAAGAUUUCUAAGAUUUCUAGAUUUCUUUCUGGUAAGAUCGGCUCGUAACCUGGGGAGUUCCUUGGGGUUUUAUUCUAAAAGUUUAGCCGAAGAGGGCCCAGUGCUCCCCAAGAAAGGGAAUCUCCCUUAAAGGUGUCUUAACGUAUUUGAUAAUCUAGUAAAUGAGAAAACGAAGAAGAAAAAAGCAAUUGUAAGCGAGCUUUAUGUAGCACCUCAUAUCAAUCUUGCAGUUAGAUAUGUUUUCGAAUACUUUAUCUCGAAAAAUAGAACUUAAAAUACUACUCAUACUUGGGCACAAGAUUUUACACUCUAUCUGACGCUUGGACAUAAGUUUUUUGCGGCUUCUCCUUAAUCGUAGAAUUCCGCAAAGCCGCGCUGUAGAAUGCACUCUGGUUCCUCAAGGUUAAAAUUAAGCCCAGCUUAUCCUCCGUUGACCCUUUGACCUCUAAGAGUGACAAGAAUCUAAUUUCUCCUUACAAUAUCACCUCUUAAUAAACAUUAAGGUCAUAAGAAUAAAGGAGAUGAUCACCUACUAAAGAAGUUCUUGAUUUUUACGUUGAGCGUUGGCAGUUCUUGCUGAACGACGCGAAGUCGUGUUAUCUUUUUUGAUGCAAACUAACAUUAUUAGACAGUCUCACUAUCGCUGUGUUUAAAAUUGCUCUUUCUAAAAUUGUAGAGAGUUCUCUAAGCACGUCAGUACCGCAGAUGAUUGCCGUUUGUUUCCAGAUUUCUUUCGUUCUCUUGUGGUCGAGUGGAAGCUUAGGCAAGUGGUGGCUGUUGAUAACGUGUGGUAUGUGACAGAGGACCGCGACAAGCUGAUUAAGUUGCUGGAAGAACACAUAUUUAAUAACUUCGUCAGGAUCGGUAACAACUAUUACCAACAGACGAGGGGUAGGUGAAAUAUGAUCUUCUGACCUAAUACUCUUUCUUCUUGGAACUCUAGAAUUUAGAAUGACUGGGAGGUUAUCCGAUAAGAAAACAGUGUUCCUACGUACACAAGUAUUGACGUCUCUGUGAGGUGAUGGGGCAUAAGUGCCUUCGGAUAAAAUUACUGGUCAUAAUGUUCUGUAGCACUUAGUAAUGAUUGUUGCACUUUGUAAUACCUGUUGAACUGUGUAAUAAAAUUGUCUCACGUUGAAAGAAAAAAGCUGUCGCACUCUGUAGUAAAAAAGGCUGUCGCACUCGGUGGUAACAGAAAACAAAUAUUACAAAGUGUGACAAGUAUUACAAAGUACGACAGCUUACUAUUACAAAGUGCGAUGGUCUGCUAUUACAUAGUGCGACAGCUUUUUAAUGACAAAGUACGACAGCUUUUUUUCUUACAAAGAGUGACAAGUGUUAUUGGAGAGUGUUAAAAGUGUUUUUGUAAAUUGAAUAAGAGAGAUGGUAAGUUUUGAGCUCGGAAAACAAAUAGAAAAACUUGUUUUUCGUCUUAUCACGAGCGUGGGACAAAGAAAAAUAUUAUGAGUCUCCAUGAGGAAUUGAACCUCAGACCUUCAGUUUCCGUCCUCCAUUGCUCUAUCACUGAGCGAUAGAAACUCCAUGGUGAGGGAGAUCCAUUACGAAGUUUAUAAAUGACACGCGUCCUGCAUACUGCCAGGAUUAGGAUGUUAUCGGAAAGUGUGACGAUUGUUGUUGCAAAGUGUGACAAAUGUUAUAACAAAGUGUCACAAGUGUUAUUAUAAAAUAUGGCAAGUAUUGCCAAGCGCGACAGGAUUCAUCAUAAUAUCAUGAUCAUCAGCUGAUAGGUGGCAGACGCGAUGGCCGGGCUAAUGUGUUGUGUUCUUUGGCUCGGCACCGUCUUUACUCUCUGCCUCUGACUGGAGGCGUACAGAGGGAGAAGGGGCCAGGGGUACCCGUGACCCCCUUCCCCCCUUCCCUGUGGUAUACUUUUCUUAUGAAAUCAGUAACGUGCAAAUCUUAUACGUCAGGUUGGCGGGUACAUGGCAUUAUUCUUUACCAGUGUAAGAUUCUCCAUCAACUAAUACACAAGGUAGAGCAGCGGUGUCAGGUAAUUCACGCAAGGCGCGCGGAAAUUCAUAAUUUUGACCCCUUAGCUACACCCUUGUUGAUUUAGUUGCAAACAGCAGAAGGUUUCAAGACCAUUCUCUUCUCCGUCAGAGUUAUCAGCAUCACUUUAAAUUCUUACGUCAUAUGAAUGUCUCCCUCAUGUAGGCAUUGCACAGGGCUCCGUCCUAUCAACAAUGCUUUGCGGCUACUACUACAGUCAGAUGGAGAGGACCCACUUGUCAGAAAUAGUCCAAGAUCCAGACUCCCUCCUGUUAAGAUGGGUGGACGACUUUCUGUUUGUCACUCCACACCGUCGGUUGGCCGACAAGUUUCUGAAUACAAUGCAUGCUGGAAUUCCAGAGUAUGGGUGUGUCAUCAAUCAUGACAAAACGUUGACCAAUUAUACCGCGGUCACAGCUGAUGGACACAAGGUGACAAGAAUUGGAGCUAGCGAUCGUUUUCCCUGGUGCGGGUUUCUUUUGGAUACAGUCACACUUGAAGUUUCACCAGACUUGUCCCGGUACACAGGUGAGUUUUACUGAAAGAAGUUAGAGGUAUUUUAAUCCCUCCUCUUUCAUGUGAAGUGAGGUUGAUAAUUGACUACUGAGUAGCUCACUGAGGUAGCGAACCGCCGUUAAGAAUUUUUUACAGAUGAUAUUUCGGGCUGAAGCCCGUCGUCAGAGGCCUAAGUACCUUGUUCUAUCGCAUUUUUUUAUAAUCGGCGCUGUUUGUAAAACCAGUUGUACUUUGAAAUAAAAUUUUCGUACUUUGUAAUACCUGUCCUACUUUGUAAUAACUUUUGUUGCACUUUGUUAUCCAGUUAUCAUAAUUAUUAUUAACAUUAUCAUCUUUUUUAAUAUUAUUAUUAUUAGUACAUGUAGCAACAUGAUUUCUCGUGCAAUUUGGUGCUAAUAAGCGCGGGUAACUUUUUCAAAGUCAAAAUUCUUUGAAGAAUUGUACAAGUGCUUAUUUGCAGCAAACUGCACGAGAAAUGAAAAACGCAUCACAGAAAGUCAAGAAGGACAAAUUUUGGCAGCGCGCGCUAUUUCUAAUUAGCGCUCUUGUUACAUGAAAAAUGCACUCGUUUUCAGCCAAUCAGACACGCGUAAUUUUUUUUUCAUGUAUAUUAUUAAUAUCAGUAUUAUCGUUCUCGUCAACAUCACCCUCACUUCUACGGUCACUUUAACGAUCUCAAUUGUUAUCAUUAUCAUCAUUAGAAUUAUUAUCAUUACUAUUGGUGUUACUAUUAUUAUUAUUAUUAUAUGAUUGUCUUUACUGACAAGGGUGAUGGUUACUUUUGGGCCUACUCGCCUUCCGACAAUAGACAACAAAUUUGUUUCAAAGUGCGACAGCUUUUUAAUUACAAUUGUGGCAAGUAUGAUUCGCAAAGUGUGAUGGUCUGUUAUUACAAAGUACGACAGCUUUUUAUAUUGAAAAUUGUGAAAAUUUGUUACGCAGUGCGACCAUUUUAUCACGAUUAUUGAAAAGCGCCACAGAACACACCUUGCUCCGACAAGGGGCGUGCGCUUUCAGUAUCAGUUGUCUAUCUACCUUAAUUAACUCCUAGCUUCUAAUUACAUUCGAGUAUUAACCACAAAGACAGGAAAAUAAAACCAAAAAAGGUUAAAAAACCAAGAACGAAGUAAAACUGAAACAGGAAGGUGGACCACGCACUUUAGCCGCACCUCAAACCGUCCAAAAACAGCUGAAGAGGUCGCGUUUUGUUGAAAAUGCGCAACUCUGUACGUAAAUGAAAAUGUAGAAACAAAUCUUAAUUCUUUCCGUAAACUUAACUUAUAAGUUCGUAAUCGCGGACGCAGUAAGGCAAAUGAAAGCUUCUAAGAUUCCAUCUUGGUUUAUGAAUUACUGUAGUACUAGACAUUUGUGCUAAUAUCAGGUUUUAAAAUGCACAGGACAAGCCUGGCUUACUGAAUUGACUUGGAAAUGCUCUAAAUUUAAAUUAAAUCGCAAUGGAUUACACGGCUUCUAGAAGCGUUUUUUCCCUGAAAGACGUUUUGAACGAAAAAAAAUAACAUGGAAAAAAGUGAUUAAGUGUGGAAAACAAGAUGCACAUAUUAACUGCCCUAAUCUAUAAAUUGCUUUUCUAGGUUCCUUAUUAAGGGACACAUUGACUGUGUCCCUGGAUGCACAUCCUGGCGAGGCCCUAAGUAAGAAGCUCCGGUACUCCGUGCGCCCGAAGUGCCAUCCAUUGCUGCUGGACCCAAAUAUGAACACGCGCGAAAACACCCUGUUGAACGUGUUCCACGUGUUCCUGUUAACAGCGUACAAGUUCCAUACUUACGUCAAAGAGCUACCAAGAGGUGAGCUGUCAGCCUUCUAGCUUUAAAAUUUUGCCGAGUCACAGAACGCUUGCUGAUUGGUGUCAGAGAAGCGGGUUAUAAUCGUUCACCGCAUUUUGUCGGCUUUAAUUUCGUUAAUGAGGAAAAAAGGCUGUUUUUGUUCGGCAUUUUUAAUCUUUUCACUCCCAGGAGUGAGCAAUGGAUAAUUUCUCGUAGCUUUAUCAACGCAAUGUCAGGUGAUGAGAAGAAAGAAAGUAAAUUUUAUGAUACAGCUUGAUUUGAAACCAAAUUCUCAGAGCUACUAAUAUAUGAGAUGUACGCCAGACAGUAAUGAGAAAUUACAUUUUUAUCUCAGGACUGAAAGGGGUAAAACUUAUAUAAACUUAAAACUAUGCAAACAGAUGUUAUCAAGCAUCAAACGCAAUUAAUUAAAUUAGUUUGCUUCCAAAAAAGGGAUUUUGUAAAUGAUAGCUAGGCAGGAAAUAUGUUUUUAAUUAUUAUUGGUAUUUGGGAGCAAAGAAAAUCCUGAAUGAGCCAUAGCGGUAAGUGGGACAUAAUUUGGCACGUAAUUCUGACUCUGAGUUAAUAGAGCAGGACUCCGGCAAAAUGAUGAUGAUCAAAACUAGAUUAUUACCCAAGGCUGUUCUAUAAACAGAGAGAUGGGUUGCUUUCACAUAAUGAUUGAAGGGGGACAAAAUUAAAAUUGCAUUCGGUUUUCAGGCAUUAGUAAUCAUUUCUUUAUAAUGACAACGCAAAUGAAUUCAAAUUAUUCUUGUUGUCAUUAGAGGGGUGUUGUAUGGACAGCGCUUGUCCUGUGAAGUUAAGAUCGUCGUGAAUGAAAAUUUUCUGGUAGCUAGAUGUGAAAAAAACACAUCUUUCGCCGGUGGAAAGUUCUUUCUUUCAUGCGGAUUGUCACUACAUCCCAAAUAUUUAUUUUGUUGCUAUUUAAAAAUCAAUCUAUUUAAUUUUAAGAUGCGUACAAUUAUCGGCACCUGUUUUCUUGAGAGUAAAUGUAUAUUGCCUCGAUAACGCGAAGAGGAAGCCUUUAUGUGGUGUUUUCCUCUUUUAUAGCUUAAUAUUUCGAUUUCAAUUCCUCCCCGAUUAAAAUACGCUAGUUAGAUUGCAGACAUCUGUUUAAACUCGCGACAUGAACUCGAAUGGCUUCUAAUUUGGGAGUUUAAAACGAACUCAGCUCCCAGAAAUCUGUCUACAAGUUGAAGUUAACUUAGCUGUCUAUCCAGCAUUUGGCUUCCUCGGAUAACAAGCGGAGGGAACCAGAUGCGCCGAGUCAUUGUAAGUCUGAUGUUGAUGUCGGGUUUGAUGAUGAUGCAUUUUCCAUCAUAGAAAAUUGAGACCAUCAUUUUAUGAUGAUGGACAACUGAAGAGCUGCUAAUGGCUCCACUGUUCUUACACAUCUAUAAUCAAUCAAACCCACUUAAUUUGCUAAAAUUGGUUUUUUUCCAAUAAAGCGAAAUUUUCUGUUGACAUAUCUUCUUUUAAGGGCGUUUGGAAAAACCGCAAGUUGUAAUUGUGUUGUGAGAGCUUAAACACUCUCGCGUUUUACCCUAUUGUUUAGGAUUUCCUUCUAUUUUGGCUUCUUUGUUCGGACAAAACGAGUUAUAUCAGCCCAUCAGCAGUUGGUGAAUAAUUAACAUAUAUUUUACUUGAUCCUCAGAAAAAUUAUAUUUCUGUGUCUAUCUUUUUGUGCAAGAAAAUGUUCGAAUUUUCCUCAGUCGCUUCGACCAUGUGUUAGUUUUCCAUUUUCCUGCAGGGAAGGGAAGACUGUCCUCUGGUGAUUGCAUCCAUGGGUGAGAUAUUCGACAUAAAUUCAGUAAACUGAAAUAAUUGCAAGCGUUGUAGCAGUAUACUUGAGCUUGCCAAGAAUUAAUGCGUUUUUCAGAUACAACCAUUACAUCAAUUUUUUUUGAGGGGUUAUUGAUCCUACCUUCGCCUAAGAAUGGAUUUUUAUUAAAAUAGUGUUCCUUGUGUUUUGGUAGAAUUGUGGUCAUAUAGUUUGAACGUUCAUUGAAUAUUUUAUCAUAAAAUUUGUUCUGUUAAUUAUCCAUAAUGGCCUUUAAAUGGAGAAAAAAAACUCGAGAAACAGCAUCUGGUUGAUGAAAACAAAUUUGUAUAAAUGCAACUUGGCACAACAGACCAAAAUAUUAAUCAAGGGCUGUUUGACGCAAAUUUCUCUCUCAAGCGGCGAAGAACGUCAGAGGAACAACUUAGGCCCUUCUGGACUUCUAUACGGUUACCAACAUUACGAUGAGCAAGGCCUCGAAGGCUGUAGUAUCCUUCAGAUAUCGGGUGUGAUGUUAAUUGUGAAUUGCUUAAUACAACUUCCACUCACGAUAAUAAGACAAGAGAGAAACCUAUACUUGUGGCUCCUUGAACGGACGAAUAUCGCCCCUAUGGUCAAUUAUGUGAAUAUCUUUCCAUCAAGUUGUUUUCGCAGCCUAAAGCAGGGAAGCAAAUAGCUCAUUCUUUUAUCAAUUUUCUCAUUGUUUCUUUAAAUAGAGAGUUAAGAAAGAAUUGAUGUCGGGAUGUUUGACCCUAAAAUAUUUCCGAAGAUCUUCACUUUUGAGAUUUCCGCUCAAAAGUUUCAACUAUGAAUAGCGUAGUGAUUAAAAUUCCGCUGGGCGUGUCUAUUUUUGUCCACCAGCUUCAGUUUUCUUAUAAUCAAGGAGAAGAGAUGAAGCCGUUUUUAUUAUGCAUAUGGCGACGUCGUUACAUUUGAUUAAAUUCAUCUUCAAACAAAGUUUUCGUCUCUUUUCUAACAAACUUUAAUUUCCGUUUGCCAUUAGAACUCUUACUUUCAGAAAGAAAACCUGAUGCGCGGAACUGCGAUGUUGUUGAAAUGGUGGAAGGGAUAACUUUCUGAUUCUUCUCGAUUACUCAGCCUGAUAGUUUGUAACAAAGGAGAUUUUAAGAUUCGAUCUUCAGUCUCUAAUGAAUGUAGUGUGUAGUAGACGGAGUUUCAAUAAGGUAUCCGUAGAUAAGAGUUGAGUUAGUUCAGCAUUUUGUUUCUUUUGUUUUGUUACAGGUAGCAAACCAAGAGAUAACCCAUCAUUCUUCUCCCGAAUGAUUCUGGAUUUGGCGCUGUAUUUCUACUCAGCUAGUGUUCGUAAGUGUCACCAGCUGUCUCCAAGUGGUGCUUCGUUCUCAUUGGACGAGCACGAGGUCACGUGGCUCUGUUUGUACGCCUUUCAGAUGUGUCUUCGUAGAACGCAGUCUCGAUAUCGUGAAAUUCUGACAUUUCUGAGCAAAAGCUUGUCACAGAUACAUUUGUCUAAUCGGAUUAAACUGCCAGCCACUCCUUGGAAUGCAGCUUUGACUAAGCUCGUGAGAAAGAAGAGCUGAAAACGUCUCACAAAGCUCUUUCCGAGGAAUUCAAGAGAAGGAAAAUAGUCAUGGAGGAUCUUUAAAAUGGUUGAGGCUUUCAGGAACGAUGUUUUAUCAUAUAUUUGCCUGGACGCUAUGGGACGAUUACAUGAUUUAGGAUCUGUCAUCUGGUAUCAUGCGUCAAAGUGACCAAUCCAAUUUGUAAACCUAUCGCUUUGAAAGGAAGCCGAAAGAGGAUUUCUUUAACGUUGCGUUUCGGUUCUUCAUGAAAUACGGCAAGAAAGAAACAAAGCGAAUAGUUUUCAUUCAGAACAUGAAAAACUACCACUGAUGGUUCAUAAAUACUUAAUUUUCGCCGCAAAUUAUCAGCAUUUUUUCUUGAAACCUAGAAAGUUUUUACGAAGAUUUUCAGCUUUGUCUCGUGAUUCAUAGUUGAAUGGUAAAAGGAUCUGCCGUGGUGUAAGGCGAUCCGUUCGGUGUCAUCCACAGUGCAUGUGGCUUUUUAUGAGGGCUUUUACAUCUGUUCUUGCCGGUUUGUUUACCGUAUUCAUUCAUGAUCGGUGACAUUUGAAGUACUUUUAGUGUUCAUAAUUUGAGGAAAUAAUUAGUAAGUUCUACCAUUUUAUUGAUUAGUGAAAAAGGUAUCUGUCUUUCUAUCGAUUUUCUUGACAAGUCACCCAUAACUGACCGAGACCCAUCAAAAAUUGACAGCAAUAAUGAUUUAUUUCUUCCUCAAAAGCGGUGCUAAAUUCACGCGUUGAAUUAAAAUAAGUCUAAGGUUUGUAACUACACUUUUUUUUUCAUUAAGUUGCUGUAUAGUAAAAGCUUAAUCUUGUCACAGGAUGGAUUAAGUUCUUGGAUAUCCGAUUCAUGCGUGAAACCGUCAACAAAAUUACUUUGUCCUCGUGCAAUACAAUAAUGGAAUUAUGAAAAAUGUGGGCUAUCUUUCUGAAUCAAGGCCAAUUUUUUUCUUAUGUCUUAAGACCACAAAAGUCAUAGCUUCCAUGUCUAGACUAUUACAUCGAUUUAAAUCUUUUCUUUCUUCAUUGCCAACAUUAUAUUGUUCUAAGCCAGUUAGGGAACUUAAAUAUAUUUAGCUUUCAUUUCGCCAUUACUGUCUCUCAUAUGACUACUUUUGCUCCGGAUUACUCUAAUGUUCAUUAUAAUUUAUAAA